CACUGCAUUAGUAUCCAUAACCCAACAAUGAUGGCGACAACCCGAGCUUUCCAGUUCACAAAAACUAUUUGAAUAUCAAGGUAAAAAUUCAUCUCCAUACCUCUGUAUCUGCUUAUACAUCGAUAAAUAUUUGCCUUUUUCUUGAAGCUCGCAUUCAUCAAUAUCUUGUCAAAACUUGUAAAAUAAUUCAUGUAUCAUAUCCAGAAUCUUAAAAGAUCAUCUUUGCUCAGAUGGGUAUUUGUUGAUUUGAAUACAAAAGCAGUUUACUCAACUGGGUCAUACCAUGAUAUCCAAAACCCUAGGUUUUAUAGCACAAAAUCAGCUUGUAAGACGAAAAACACUCAAAAGUUGAAUGAGUUGCUUGCAGAUGAUGGGAAUGUAGGUUUAUGGUCUCGUGUAGCUUGUCGAGAAGCUCAGGAUGCUUUGUUAGAGUACUUGCAUUCUACUAGAAGUUUGCAGUUUAUGGAUGCAGAAAAUAUUAGUCGGAAUUCACCUAGGUUUCUUGGGAAGUUACUGAAAGGGGUUGAGAACAAAGAGAGUGUUGGGCAGUCAGUUGCCCGAUUCUUGCGGUACCAUCCCAUCAACGAAUUCGAGCCAUUUUUUGAGAGCAUGGGUUUGGAACCUCGUGAGUUUUCAAUGCUUUUGCCUCGUAACCUGAUGUUUUUAAGUGAUGACAAUGUUUUGCUAGAGAACUAUCAUGUAUUUUGUCAGUAUGGUUUUGCUCCUAAUAAGAUAGGAAAGAUUUAUAAGGAAGUUAAAGAAGUUUUUAGAUAUAAUGAUGGGGUUUUGUUGUCACGGCUUCAGGAUCUUCAGAAUGUGGUUCUUGAUCAAUCUACUGUUAUUAAACUUGUGGGUUCGUGUCCAUCUAUUUUGAUUGAGGAUGGAACACAUGAUGUUGUUCUUAAGGUUGUGACAGAAUUAAAGGUUGCUGGGAUUGUGAAUGGUUGGUUUAUUGAGCACUUAUCGGAGGAAGAUUAUUACGAUUGGAAACACAUGCUUGAACUUUUGUGUUUAUUUAAGAGAUUAGGCUUUGAUCAUGAGCAGUUAGGAAGAUUAUUUCAUAAACAUCCUACCAUUUUAUUGCAGAAUUCAGGAAGUACCGCCACUUCAAUUAUUGGCUUCUUACUUAAAUUUGGUGCCUCUAAGAACGAGAUACGUGCCUUGUUUCUGCAGUUUCCUGAACUAAAGAUCCAUGAGUUUGUUUCAAAUUUGAGGCGUUCAUAUUAUUUUCUCUCGAAGAUUGAAAUGGAUGUCCAUAGCAUUUCAAAGCUUCUAUGUGCACAACCCCUUUUACUUGGUUCAUGCCCAUUGAAGGGUGUGAAAACCGCUUUAAAUUGCUUGAAUUCUGGUAAAAAACGACUUUGUACAAUCAUCAAGAAGAACCCACAAGAGUUAAAGAAUUUGGCUCUUGGGUUGAAAGUUGAACCACUACCAUCCUUAAAAGAAGGUGCUUUAGAGAAGACAAAGUUCUUGUUGGACAUGGGAUUCACUGAAAACUCGAGUGAGAUGAAAAGAGCUCUUAGGAGAUUCCGUGGAAGAGCAGGGGAACUUCAAGAACGGUUUGAUUGUUUGGUGAAUGUUGGUUUUGACCAAAAAGAUGUGGCGGAGAUGCUGAAAACAUCACCUCAAGUUGUCAACCAAACAACGGAAGUUCUUGAAAUGAAGAUUGAUUUUCUUGUGAAUUAUUUAGGUUAUCCCUUGUCUUCUAUAGCUACCUACCCGUCUUCAUUAUCUUACGCUAUAGAGAAGGUUAAACUCAGGUGCACCAUGUAUAAAUGGCUACAUGAACAAGGAACAACUAAUAGCUUGGCUUUGAGCACCAUUCUUGCUUGCUCAGAAAAAAAAUUCAUCAAAGGCAUGGUAAAUCGUCACCCUAAAGGCAUCGAGAUUUAUGAGAAUUUGAAAAGGCAAGUUUAUUCGAUUGUAUAAUAUGAAAACGGCUUUGUCCAGAUUUUUGGGCAUGUAUUCUUUUCCGCUUUUCUUCUAUUUGGGAGAUGUUCAUGGCGUUAAAUCAUAUCAU